CCCCCGCCGCCCGCCCCGCCGGGCCCGGCCUGUCACGGCGCCGCCGCCGCCAUCGCGCCCCCCCCUCCCCUCAGCGGCCCCGGCGGCCGCGCUGAGCCCCCGGCCCCGCAGUACAUCCAGGCCGAGCCCCCCACCAACAAGUCGCUGUCGAGCCUGGUGGUGCAGCUGCUGCAGUUCCAGGAGGAGGUGUUCGGCAAGCACGUCAGCAACGCGCCCCUCACCAAGCUGCCGAUCAAAUGCUUCCUGGAUUUCAAGGCGGGGGGAGCCCUGUGCCACAUCCUGGCAGCCGCCUAUAAAUUCAAGAGCGACCAAGGAUGGCGGCGUUUCGAUUUCCAGAAUCCCUCACGCAUGGACCGCAACGUGGAGAUGUUCAUGACCAUCGAGAAAUCCCUGGUGCAGGUAAGAGCCCACAGCCCCCCCCCACCCCGGGACCCCUCCCUGUGUGGGGGGUGCAGGGGGUGGGUUUUGGGGGGCACAAAGGGCCAGAGGAUCCCGAGGGUCUGUGCUCAGCCCGGCCCGUCUGUGUGUCCUGCAGAGGAGUGGGUCCGGCCCGUCAUGAAGCGUGACAAGCAGGUGCUGCUGCACUGGGGGUACUACCCCGACAGCUAUGACACCUGGAUCCCGGCCAGCGAGAUCGAGGCGUCCGUGGAGGAUCCCCCGACACCGGAGAAACCCCGGAAGGUCCACGCCAAGUGGAUCCUGGACACGGACACCUUCAACGAGUGGAUGAACGAGGAGGAUUACGAGGUGACGGACGAGAAGAGCCCCGUCACCCGCAGGAAGAAGAUCUCGGCCAAGACACUGACAGAUGAGGUGAACAGCCCCGACUCGGAUCGGCGGGACAAGAAGGGGGGUAACUACAAGAAGAGGAAGCGCUCGCCCUCGCCCUCGCCCACCCCUGAGGCCAAGAAGAAGAACGCGAAGAAAGGACCCUCCACCCCCUAUAACAAAUCCAAGCGCGGGCACCGCGAGGAGGAGCAGGAGGACCUGACCAAGGACAUGGACGAGCCCUCGCCCGUCCCCAACGUGGAGGAGGUGACCCUGCCCAAAACAGUGAACACCAAGAAGGACUCGGAGUCGGCGCCCGUCAAGGGGGGCACCAUGACAGACCUGGAUGAGCAGGAAGAUGAGAGCAUGGAGACAGCUGGCAAGGACGAGGAGGAGAACGGCACCGGCAGCAAAGGGGAGCAGGCCAAGAACCCCGACCUGCACGAGGACAACGUGACAGAGCAGACCCACCACAUCAUCAUCCCCAGCUACGCCGCCUGGUUCGACUACAACAGCGUCCACGCCAUCGAGCGCCGCGCCCUGCCCGAGUUCUUCAACGGCAAAAACAAAUCCAAGACCCCCGAAAUAUACCUGGCGUACCGGAACUUCAUGAUCGACACGUACCGGCUGAACCCGCAGGAGUACCUGACCUCCACGGCCUGCCGGCGCAACCUGGCCGGGGACGUCUGUGCCAUCAUGCGGGUCCACGCCUUCCUGGAGCAGUGGGGUCUCAUCAACUACCAGGUGGACGCCGAGAGCCGGCCCACCCCCAUGGGCCCCCCGCCCACCUCGCACUUCCACGUGCUGGCCGACACGCCCUCGGGGCUGGUGCCGCUGCAGCCCAAGACGCCCCAGGGCCGGCAGAGCGACGGCGACGCCAAGACGGGCCGCAAGAGCAAAGAGAUGGAGGAGCUGGUCAGCGAGACGGUGAAGGGCAAGCCGGAGCUGCAGCCCAGCUCGGCCUCGCAGCAGAUGCUGAACUUCCCGGACAAGGGCAAGGAGAAGCCGGCGGACAUGCAGAACUUCGGGCUCCGCACCGACAUGUACACCAAGAAGAACGUCCCCUCCAAGGUGGGCACCCCCCCGGGCCCGGCUCCGGACCCCCGCCCGCCGCCCCUCACCCCCCAUCUCCCCCCUCCCCGCAGAGAAUUCUCCAAGAUGAAGGAGGAGGUGCCCACGGCGCUGGUGGAGGCCCACGUGCGCAAGGUGGAGGAGGCGGCCAAGGUGACGGGCAAGGCCGACCCCGCCUUCGGGCUGGAGAGCAGCGGCAUCGCCGGCACCGCCUCGGACGAGCCCGAGCGCAUCGAGGAGAGCGGGGCGGAGGAGGCGCGGGCGGAGGCGCAGCCGGCCGAGGAGAAGAAGGAGGCGAAGGAGCCCAGGGAUGGCACCGCCGAGGAGGAGACCAAGGAGAAACCCGGGGAAACCCCCAAGAAGGAGGAGGAGAAGGGGAAGGAGGUGGAGGGCGAGAAGGAGCCCGACAAGGGCGACGGUGACAGCACAGGGGAGCCCGAGAAGGAGAAGGAGGUGAAGGAAGGGCCGGAUGAGGCGCCCAAGGAGCCCCCAGAGCCCGAGGCCGAGCGCAAGGCCAAGGUGGAGCGGGACAUCGGCGAGGGGAACCUGUCCACGGCCGCCGCCGCCGCGCUGGCCGCCGCCGCCGUCAAGGCCAAGCACCUGGCGGCCGUGGAGGAGCGCAAGAUCAAGUCCCUGGUGGCGCUGCUGGUGGAGACGCAGAUGAAGAAGCUGGAGAUCAAACUGCGGCACUUCGAGGAGCUGGAGACCAUCAUGGACCGCGAGCGCGAGGCCCUGGAAUACCAGCGGCAGCAGCUGCUGGCCGACCGCCAGGCGUUCCACAUGGAGCAGCUGAAAUACGCCGAGAUGCGCGCCCGGCAGCAGCACUUCCAGCAGCUGCAGCAGCAGCAGCAGCAGCAGCAGCCCCCGCUGCCCCCCGGGGCGCAGCCCCUGCCCGCCACCGGUGCCCCCCUGGCCCCCGCCGCCCACCCGCUGGCGCAAUAA